CAUCACCACUGCGCAUGCGCCCCUCUCUGCAGCACUGGCUUUGCGCAGACAUGUGCGUGUGUGCGUGCGUGUGAUCAAACAGCCCUACAGCUGCGCUCGUGCUUGUUAGUUCGGUUCCGUUCAUCAGCAGCAUCAGCAUGUCGACCUGCGCUCCGGUCCAGAACCACGAACCGGCGGAGGAGGGCAAACAGGGGGAGGAGGAGAAGGAGAAGGAGAAGGAGAAGGAGGAGAUGAAGGAGCCGCAAAGCGAAGAGCGCGCGGAGGAGAAGACCGAGAAGGAGCAGAAGAAAGAGGAGAAGAAGGAGCCGGGAAAAAAGGAGAAGGGGAAGGAGGACGAGCUGCAGGGAUCCUGGAAGGAUUUCUUCUACAAUCCCAGAACCGGAGAGGUUCUGGGCCGAACCGCCAGCAGCUGGGGUCUCAUUCUGCUCUUCUACUUCAUCUUCUAUGGCUUUCUGGCGGGAAUGUUUUCUCUGACCAUAUGGGUGAUGUUACAGACGCUGGAUGAAAAUGUUCCUCGACAUCAGGACAGAGUUGCUGACCCAGGUCUGGUGAUUCGUCCACAUGCCACUGAAAUUACCUACAACCGGACUGACCCGUUAAACUACCAGCAAUACAUCCAACAGCUGCAUGACCUGCUGCAGCAAUACAAUGACAGCAUACAGGAGAGGAACGACCUCUGUCUGGUGGGUGAAUACACGGACCAGGACCAGGAGCAGGGCUCCAUCAAGAAGGUCUGCCAGUUCAAACGCAGCAUCUUGCGCCAGUGCUCUGGUCUGCCGGACACCAGCUUUGGUUAUGCAGAAGGAAAGCCCUGCAUCAUUGUCAAAAUGAACCGGGUGAUUGGACUGAAGCCUGUAGGAGAUCCUUACAUUAACUGCACUGCCAAGAGGGACUCUCCACUUCAGAUGCAGUACUUUCCUCCUGAGGGUCGUCUGGAUAAAAUGUUCUUUCCGUACUAUGGCAAGAAAUCGCAUCCUGACUACGUCCAGCCUCUGGUUGCUGUGAAGCUUCUCCUAACUAAAGAUGACUACAACAUUGACCAGACUGUGGAGUGUAAGGUGGAAGGCUCUCACCUGCGCAACAACGACGACCGUGACAAGUACCUGGGUCGUGUCACUUUCCGGGUCAAAGUGUUGCAGUAAUGGGAUGGAAAGCUUCAGCUGGGUAACACUGGAAUAAACUUUCAGGAAAUUUUGGGGUGGACCUGAUUUGAUCCCAUUGUCUGGACCUUAUUCUGAUGUUUUUCUAAUAUGAACGAGUCUGGAACUGUGACAAAGUCUCUCAGUCCUUCAGACCUCAUCCUGAUCCAAACCUGGUCUAUAAUGAAACCAGAAACUGGUGCUUUGUUCAAUGAUGAAAUACAGAGAAAAACUUGUGUCCAGACAGUCCAAGCAGAUCAGCUCCACUCAGAAAACAUGUAAAGUAGAAGCACACUUUGAGUUUUCAUAUAUUAGAUGUAAUAAAAAAGUGAUACGACCCCCCCACCUUGUGUAUAAAGGGGCAGCACAGGACCAACUCUCAAUUAUAGAUCCAGUCCAGUCAGGCUGAUGACCCAGAACACCUGGCUUUACUCAAGGAGGAUAUAGUGAUCUGAAGGGAAGGUUUUCAUGUGGUCCAAGUGAAACACCUCCCUGGGGGACAGAAAGCUGUUAAACCUGUCAUUUUAAAGCUAUUUUACAAUGAUUAUGUUUCCUUAAUCCUUGUAAACAUGCUCUUUUGGAUAAAAAAAAAAAAAAAGAAAAAAAAAGAAUAAUAAUAAAAAUAUUGAGUGCCAAAAUUGUGUUGAAGAAAUAAACAGCUUCAAGUUUCUCUGCACAUCGUGUUUUUAAUGUUUUUAGAAGGUGAUAGAAAUAGUAGUUGAACAAAUCCUCCAGAUAACUGUCAUGUUUCACCGUUUCAUAGCACAAAGUCUGUCUUGGGAGACAGAGACUGAAUAUGAACAACAGUUUUUCUUAGAAGCACACUUGAGGAUCAAGAGUUUUUCAAUUGUUACAGCUGCAAUAACAGUGAGGUCAUACAUGUGUGUUAACUGACCAUCUAUAGGAGGGGUGAGCUCCACCCCCACCCCCCGCGCUACACUGUUCAACUUGAGAUAAGAAGAGAAAAGAUGGAGAUCCCAUAUUCAUAAAUACUAAGACGAUCAACAGGUUUUAUGACACAUUGUCAAAGUAAAGACACUACAGGUACGCUGAAAGCACACGUGCACCACAGUAAUAAAAUACUUGAAUAAAAAGGAUUGCUGUUGUGGUCCACAGCAAUAAAAAAAGGUCAGCUUGAACAAAGUCUAGCUUUCUGUCCUCUCUUAGUGUCAGUGCUAGAAAAUGAAAGUUUAAAAGUUUACUUAAAUUAAGGUCCUGAUACUGUGCUGCCCCCCCUCCUCUAUUUUGUGAUAAAAAUGCAAAGUUUGUCUUGUCUGCACAAUGCACUAUAUUAAUUUGUAUUUAGAUUUAUCAGAUACCCACUAGGCACAGGAUGUCUAUUAGAUACCUAACAUCCAUUAUUGUAGAUUUCUGCAGGUCAUCUCUGACAGCUCUAUUAGAGGUCUACCAAUAGUGUUCUGAAAUAUAUCUAUGUCAAGAGGUUUUCUACACAUCUACCUGUAGACAUCUGAUCUAAGAAUAUUUUAGAUAUCUAUUUUAGAACUUGUUUCAAACAUUUCCUCGGUCAAAAAAUAAACUCCAAUUUUACAUCCAUUCAUUUAUCUUUAGAACUCACUGAAUGCCUUUGGGGUCACAGCUUUGCUGGCUCCAAUCCAGCUAGUGUUUAGGUUGAAGUGCACUCUAAUAUGGUCAGUUUGUCACAGAAACACACAGGAGCAACUUUGAAACAGCUGCUAAUCUACGAAACAUUUCAUUGAACUGUGGGAGGAAGGAGGAGAAAAUCCACACCUGUAAAGGGAGAACAUCCAACCUCACGCAGGAAGGGCCCACCAGGGAUUUGAACCGUGUUCUCUCUGUAAGGGGAAAGAGCUAACCACUACACCACUGAGCAGCCUUCUGUUCAAAGACAACCAGGGAUCACAAAGUUCUACGUUCCACGAAGCAGCAAACAUUUCCAUUGAAAUGCUGGCUUAAAUGUCUCAGAAACUGUCAUAAAAACAACAAUCCAAUAAAAAUAUUUCUGUUUAGGUUUUUAACUCCUCAUAUAAUUGAACAAAAUUUUGAUUAAAAAAAAAUCUUUUGCUGAUUAUCAUUAGAGUGAUCUUAAAGCUCAUUUUUUGAUCCUCUGGUGCACAACAGUGUCUAGUUGCUGUUCAGAGCCAAAGCUUUAACAGUAAGACUUGAAUUUAUUUGUAGAAUAGGACAAAAAGUGGACACAACACCAAUGAUGUCAUGUUUAUAUUUGAUGGUGAAAAGAGAAAAGGGAUGACUGCACACCAACAUCACAGUGAUUGAAAUCUUUGACUUAACUUUUCUAUUUUAUAUCUUGUAAAUGUUUAAAAAGGUUCUCUAACAGAGGACUAAAAGUAUCCAAAGGUAGAUGUGAAGGAGACAUUUAUGUACAGAAUUCUAUUGGUAGACAUCUAAUAGAGUAACAUGUCCAGAAGACAUCAACAGUGGAUGUCUCUUAGUUAUCUGAUAGACAUCUAUUAUCUAUAUAUCUAUCAGAUAACUAAUAGAAAUCAUGUGUCAGGUAAAAACUACCCAAAUUGUUUGUUUACAAUGUGCAAGGCAUGAUGGAACAGUGACGCAAUAACUGUGGAAAAGUUGUCUGCUAGAGAUCUACACUGAUAUGAAUAGAUGUCUAUCAGAUGUAUAUCACAUACAUGAUAUUAUAUCACUGUAAUGUCAUACUAUAAAUAUUACAGCUGUAAGCCAUGAUUUAGAUAAUGAAUACCUGUCUGUGCAUAGUGGGUAUUUCAUGAAGAGGUUUAUUUUCUGUGAUUCUGUGUGAUGCUUUCAUUUGUGUUGUUUUACCAAAUAUCUAAUGGAAAACUAUCCAGCUUUCUAUGUCUAUUCAUAAUGGAUCAAAAAUGCUCCUUUAUCUUUCAUCUUCAAAAGAAGUGGUGGCGUUCACUCUGUUUUAAAUACAAUUUUAAAGCUGUGAUUUUAAAAGAACAUUGUUGACAUCUCAAUGAA